AUGUCUUCUCAAGGUUAUCCAUCGUAUUCUGUAAAUAACGCGUGGGUUCAAAUAACUCAAAAAUGCGCAAAGGCUGCUUUAGAAAGAUUAGAGGUUGAAAAAUUUGUAAUUAUGAUUAAUUUAACAAUGUCAGCUUUUAGCCGAACAGACAGAAAACAUCGUAGCAAAAGAAAUCAUACAAAUAGUGAAAAG